CACAUGUAUCUUUCGUGAGUAGUCAUGACGAGAUGCACCUUCAAAUGAAAUGAGUUAUUUUAAUUAAAUGAUCUGUUCUAUGUUGUAUUAUAAUAUUUGCACUUUUUUCUCUUACAACUAGAUAGUGACAGUGCCUGAAGAAGAUCCUAGAAAAGAAAACUGGAAAACUUUUAUUGAAGAUAAACAAGAAGUGAGUGGGCAAAGCUAUGAAGAGCUGCGACGACGAUCAUAUCUUCUUUUACAAUUUGUAUUUCCGCAGUUCACGUCACCUAAGGCAGAGGCCAUGGGUUCGAAUCCCGUUGAAGUCCCGGAAUUUUUUUCGGGUUAAUUUGCAAUUGCUUAAAUUGCAAUUACCACUGCGGCGAUCACAUCUUCAUUUAAAAUUUGUAUUUCUGCAGUUCACAUCAUCAUUCUAUGAAGAGCUGUUACGUUGGAUACCAUAUAGGUGAUGUUACACGGGACGAUUGGAGAGAACGAUUUUUAGCGAAACUCAGGGUUGUAUCAUUGUAGCGACAUUGUUUCAAAUGGCUACAACACUGUUUCAACCUUGCAACACUUGCACAAAAAACAAAAAAUUGUCUUUGCAAAUCCUCCCGUGUAAAAUCACCUUGAUGAAAGUUCUGUAGCCAGAAACAACAAUUUUUCUCUCUUAAUUCCUAUAUAGAAAUUGGCAAACCCAGUUUAUGCCUAGAAAACCAGUCAAUAUUUCAUUCGAUAUUUUGUCAUCCUUGUUUCAAGCACUGCAGAACACUGGGUUAAAUUCCUACCGUUAUUGUGUCGGGUUUGAUCUGGUUUUGUUGUUUUCGGGAAGACCAUGUCCUUCUUCCGUCGGACGUCGUGAUAGUAUGAUCGUGUUAUUUUUCUUGCAUACGCUCUAUCAGUCUGAAACGGACGGAUAGAACGCUUUUGUCGGUCAAAACUCAGUCAGACGAACUUGAUCUGACACAUGUCCAACCAAUCACGAACUUAACUCGCUCAGAGUAGAAUCGUUGCAUGAAAAGUUUUUGGACUUUUGGGCGUUUGUCUGAGAUGUCGUUGACGGUAUGAAUGUACAAUAGGUUAUCUGUUCAGAUGUGCAAAGGUUAUUUUGUUUGUUUGUUUGCUUGUUUGUUUUUUUGUGUGGUGUUGUUUUGUUUUGAGUUUUAAUUAAGCUGCAAAUUGCUCAUCUUUUCAGAUAUAUUUUGAUGACAUGGACAUAUUUAAAAACUACUGCGUUGUUUACGAGCGACACAGAACUGUUCCUCAGAUUCGUGUUGUACCGAUGGACACACCCCAGGAUCAGUAUGUUGUACAAGUAAGGCUACAACCUUCAAUGCAGUUUUUCUUUUACCUUUGAUUCAUUUCCUGUAUAGCAAUAAUAGAAAAUUAUUAAAUGAGGCUGAGUGUCAUGUGAAGAAUUAUGGAGAUCGAGAAUAGCACCCUCUUGGAUAAUACCAGAACGAUAAGAGAUGCUAUGCUCGCUGAUCAGAUCGUGUGGAAAGGUUUUUUUAGGAUUGCUCGGGAUGAUUCCCGGCCUAAGCAAGUAAUUAAGCAUGUUCCAUUUGAGUGGCUUUCUCAUCAUAAGCCUAAUCCAGUGAGCCUGUUCUUACACGAACGUUUCUUGUUAAUGAAUUUUAUUUUGCAGCUCCCUGAAGAUGUUUGUGUUUUAGAGGCUGGAUCUAAUCUGGUAACGUAACUUUAAGUGUUCUUGUGUUAAAUACAAUAACGAAUUGGGCAAUUGCCGACAGAAGAUGUCUUUUGACUGAUGCAAAAGUUCUUUGUUGUUUUUUUUUCGCCAGAUGUUUGAUCACAACAAAGUUCGUGUGACAGUUUCGUCACCAAUAUCACCUUCCCGUGUUCUAGAGUACAACAUGGAUACAAAAUCAAUAGUAUGUUGUAUACGUCGAAUUCACUAAUACUUUAAAAUGUCUACGUGUGCGUGUAAAAGGACGUAGAUGUCAGGAAGAGUGCUUUUCACUCGUUUUCCACAGCCAAAAAUGAAAGUAGUUUCUUUGCACUGACUAUCAAAAAGGGGUGUCGAUGCUGUUGUUCAAUUUAUCCUUAAAUCAAUUUUUUUUUCAUUGGAUUGAACAAAGGGAAAUAAAAGUUGAACCAAAGUGAUUUCGACUUUUACUGUUAUUUGGACUUUUUUUCUGUUUUUAGGAUAGUGGCAUGCUAUAAUUUGGUAAAACCCCAAAUUUAACCUACUGUACUAAAAUAUAAAGUGAUUGUUAUUUUUGACUUUCAAACUGCAAUCUUACAGCAUGAUUUUACAACUUUCCUCAGGCUGAAAAACACGCUUUUACUAAGAAGCCUUCUUUUGACAGUUCUGAUUUUUGCUGCACUAGACAUGAAAUUCAAAGUAAGGUAAGGCGGUCAUACUUCUGAUAUGAGUUUCAUUUUGUUUGUUUGUUCGUUUUUUUUUUCUUAUACUGUUACAGUACAUUUAAGGACAAAGCAAACUCUAAUUCUCUCUCGAGCCGCAUUUAGUUACACAAUCAAGUAAAUGUAAAGGGGGCAACUUGACGAGGAAUACACAAGUACAAGUAAAAGUUUUUGUUUUGGUUUGUUUGCCGUGUUUGUUUUUUGUUGAGGAAGAAUGUGUCAAGCAAAACUUUCCCACAAGAAGGCGGUAAUAACAGUCACCUCGCUAAAACAUACACGCAUUUUUUUUUUCUGUAACCAGGAUGGAACCUGCAUUCCCGUCACUUUAUUUCACCACAAAGAUCUUAAAACUGAUGGGAGAAACCCGUUGCUGCUUCAUGUCUAUGGUAUGACGGAAUUGUGUUCACCUCCGCUUGUGCUGAAAAAACUCUGAAGGUCUUCUUUACAUUUAAUUAUUCAUCCUGCAGCGCUUUUAUAUGAAUUUCGUAUGUUGAUUAUUUCAUCGUUAUCUUUUUAAGGGUUUAUAACCAACCUACUAAAUGACCAGCUCUCGCUUGGCUUACAUAGCUGAAGUGGUAGAGCUCUUUUUCAGCUUUCGCCUUUGAUGGGCGUUUUCUUUCAUCAUUUCAUUUCUUUUCGUUUAUUUUCUCCCAUUCCAAUAUGAAUAAUACACGAUAAAUCACAGACAAACGUUAGUGCUUCUGUCAAAAAAAGUUCACAAUACGUGAUAAACUACAGUUAAGAUCAUCUCAUAUAGAUAAUAUUUGAUUGUCAUAAAAAGAAGAUGAUAGUCCUUGCCUUUUUCUCAUAGGCUCGUAUGGAAUUAACGUGCACAUGGGUUUUGAAGUGGAAAGGCUCAGUCUGUUAAAGCGUGGUUGGUGUCUUGCCUACUGCCAUGUCAGGUGAUAAUAUGCAGUUUUUUUCAUAAUGAUCUAUAACUUCCAAGUUUUGAUCCUUGAGAUGGUGUUAAAAAUUGAAGAAAAAUUAUUCAGUUUCAGUAAAAUAAAAACGUUUCUAAACUUAAUUGACAUUCGCACGCUCCCUAAUGAUUGCUUGUUUGUAUUAUGGUAUGAAACGUCUUUAAAUGUCCUGUUUUGUUCAGAGGUGGCGGCGAACUUGGUCGAGAAUGGUACUUAGAAGGGAAACUGCAGAAUAAACAUAAAAGUUUUGAGGUACGGCUGCGUUUGCUCGGUCUUUCCUUGCUCCGAAACCAAACAGAAACCCUUUCUACGCAGGCUAGAGAUUGUUAUGGCCCUUGUGGUUCUUCUACGUCCUACACGAGUCAAAUAAUAGGAGAAAUACGGUAUCCAAGAAUGUCCAGCCAUUUGCAGAUAUGAAGCAAAGGCAGCACAUUCUUGUACCUAACCGUCUUACGAUUAGACGUUCUUCCCUCGGUGUAUCAACCUUUGGUUUAAAAAUUUUAACCUGAAUUUAAUUUUGACCUGUAACAUUUAUCUUGGCCGUUGACCGGUCGUUAAAGUUUGAGGCAGUAUGAUCUGUAUGGUUUAUAGCAGGCGAGAGUCGGAGUUUUAUCGAAUGGGGCAUCUUCAUCUAAUGACACUACGAAAUGAUUUGUUUACUCGUACUUUUAUUUCCGAAGGAUUUUGAGGCUUGUACACAAGCCCUUCAUCGUUUGGGAUAUUCCACCCCUGAUUUAACAGCUGCAAGUGGUACAAGCGCUGGGGGAUUGAUUGUUGGAGCUGUUUGCAAUAGAUCGCCGGGACUUUUUAAGGCAGUUAUUCUGAAGGUAGGGUAUAGUAUAGGAGCGGGAUUGUGGGAUAAGGACCAACAGGGAAUGUGGGAUCGGGAAUGAGGGAUUUUCGCAUCAGGACACCCCCACCCCCGAUCCCCCCAGAUCAUGUUACCAGUAGUAUAGAUUGACCAUAAAGUGGCAGCCGUAAAUGAAAAUCUGAAAUCUGUUUAAUGUUAAUUAUCUUAAAUCCUCUAUUAAGCCCCCCUUUCAAAUGAGCCCCCUUCCUCGACUUAGCCUCCCCCCCCCCCCCAAUUUUCAGGGGAAGAAAGUUAAUAAGCCCCUCCCCCCCUAAUUAUUAUUCACUAAUAAAUGAUAGACCGUAUUAAUCAAUCACGACUGUAAACCUUCGUGUGGACUGAUCCAGGAUGGUUUAUUUAACAAAUGAGAGUUCGGAUUUGAUUCAGAUCCUCGGCUGCAUGACCUCCAACCUUCUUGCACUUGAGCUUUUCCACUUUGUAUUCUAGUUCUUUAUUUAUUUUUUCUAAAUUAAAUAAGCUCCCUCCCUCUCAAAUAACCCCCCAUCGCCAUUAAUAAUUUAACUGUGUAGCCUCGGUAACAACGCGGAAUAGUAAACUUCUGUGACACUACCAUUGCCGUUUGAUAAAACAACGUUGUUUCGCUUUGUGCAGGUUCCAUUUUUAGACAUUUUGACUUCCAUGUUGGACCCGUCUCUUCCGCUAACUGUUCAGGAAUAUGAAGAGUGGGGGGAGCCUGGGUAAGAACUGUUUACACUUCAAAACGACGCAGUGUUCAGAGGUUAAGAAUGAUGGGAACGCGAACUGUUGUCUGUGUGUUGUUGUUGUUUUUGUUUCUUGUCUAAUCACGAGGUACGUCAAAAAAGCGAUACUUCUUUUUCAAUAUUUUGAGAGUUUUGCAAUCAAUUUAGGUUUCUUGAAAACUACCCACCCACCCCUCCCCUAAGCCAACAUUUUGCCCGUAGUAUGAAGUAAGAGUUAUUGUUGGCUUAGGGCAGGGGUAGGUGGGCGUUUCCCAGAAACGGAAAUUGGUUCUUUUGGCAAUUUUGUUUCGAAUUUGACUUAACUAUGAUUAAGGUUGACCACCUUUCGAGCAACCGAAACCUUUAUAUCCAAGUCCAAGAGGAAAUGGGAAACGAGGAAUCAAAUCUAUCUAUUUGUGUUUUUUUUUUCUCUUUUUAGGUCUAAUGAGAGCGACUUUCACUACAUUAAGUCCUACUGCCCAUACCAAAAUAUAAGAGACAAGGUAUGAUUUUACCCUAGUAUUUCUUUUAUUUUUUUUUGGCUUUCUAAACAGGGGGGAGAGGGGCACUCCCUUGAAGGUGGGGUAUUACCUUAAAUUUACUAUAGGGUGUCCCGCUGAGUGUUCAAGACUCUAGACCUAUUGCAGACACAAAGAGACCAAUUGGAAUCCUGUUCCUGACGCGAGCUUAGGGAAAAAAUCGAGGAGAGGGGCGUAGAUUUGUACUGAAGCUUGAUUAAUAAUAAUCAGGCAUUAUGGGGAAAAUCAACCCUGUUCCACGUUCAAAAAUGAAGUAAAAUAUAUCCCUCUUCCGGAGAGAAAUCGUUAUUUUUAUACCCUACUCCAGUGUCAGAGAGGCAAAAAGCAUACUCUUUGUUUGCCAAAUAUUGCCGCCCGGUUAGCUCAGUUGGGAGAGCGCCGGUCUGCUGAGCGGGAGGCCGUAGGUUCAAACCCCGGCCGGACCAACACUCAGGGUCUUUAAAUAACUGAGGAGAAAGUGCUGCCUUUGUAAUAACAUCUGCAAAUGGUUAGACUUUCUAGUCUUCUCGGAUAAGGACGAUAAACCGUAGGCCCCGUCUCACAAGCCCUUGCACAUGUAAUAAAUCUGUGGGACGUUAAAGAACCCACACACUCUUCGUAAAGAGUAGGGCACGUAGUGCCCGGUGUAGUGGUCUAUCUCACUUUCACACUUUUGUAUGGGGGCAUCAUCACUCAUUCCUUCAGUGCUUGUAAACUGCACCUUAAGCAGUCUGGCAAAGUCCCCCAGCCAGUGUUGUAAAUUAUCCCUGAAAAGCCCUGUGGGGAGUGGAUAAUAAGAUAUUUACAAUUUACAAUUACAGAUUUUUAAAUGUUAAUAUUUAAGCAGAGGGUCAUAGGAAUUGUUAAACAACUCGUGACGGCGAAUUAAACUUGACACAUAACUUAGUUGCUGAACAUUGUUCUUACAGCCCUAUCCUGCUGUGAUGGUUGGGUCGUCAAUGAAUGAUGACCGGGUGCCUUAUUGGCUGCCUCUUAAGUGGGUGGCGCGUCUCCGAGAUCAGUUGGCGAGCCAGGAGCAGUCGGAGAAGCCGUUAGUUGUGUGCAAUGUGGAUUAUUAUUCUGGACAUUUUGGAGAAGAAGGCACAUAUCGAAGGUUUGAACAGGUACACGAGCUCAUCGGUUGUAAGGCAGUAACAUAUUUCGUUUAAGCGGCAGAGAAUGUUGUCAGGCAUAUUCAUGCCUCAUCUUAUUUUCAUCCUAAGAAUAUGCCAGCUGGCAGGGAUUAACAUCAAAAUGUGCGAUUGAUCGGCCGACUGACCGACUGACCGACUAAAGGAGUGACCGACUGACUGACUUGACUGAUUGACUGGCAACCAGCUGACUGACUUUGCAGGCUGAAGGAUUUACUUAAUAGGGACCUUUAGCAUCACGUUUUUCAUGGGAAACUGCAAACCGCAAACCGCAAAAUGUCACGUGACCACGGCCUUGCGGUCACGUUUGCAGUUUGCAGUUCACGUUUGAACCGCAGGAAGGGCUUCCAGCGGUAAGUGAUUUACGGCAAGGUUUUUUGCCACAAAAAAUUGUUCAGCCUCGCGUUUAAAGGUAUGAACUAGCUUUUUAUAUCCGUUUGCGAUGUGGUUGUUAGAUUUUUGAUCUCGAACCAACGAAUUAUUGCUGAGUUUUGGGCGACUAAAGUGAUGCACUUCGACUUGAUGAAAACAACAUGGCGGCCCUAAACAAUGAACGCGUAGUUCAAAUCAAUUUUAUAUUCCUUUCUGCCGUACUAACAAAGGAAAGUAUUCUGUUCCAAUCCAGAGUUAAAUUUUUUUUCUAUGUUGUUACUGAAUUCAUAACUUAACUCAGUCUCUGUUUAGUUCCUAUUUUUAACGUAUCACUCCGCGAAUUUCAUUUUAUUUUGCUUAUUUCUUUUAGACUGGGGAGCCCAGGCUUCAUAAAGCCUUCUGGUUUCUUCUGGGCUCCCUUGCAACCUUACAAUUCCUACAUGUAUUCUUGUAUUGUAUUAUAUUUUGGCUAAAUAAAAAUGAACUGAACUGAACUGAACUGAACGCCUUGCUAAAGUUUGAAAUCUCGCCAACGCGAAACUGCAAACGCGUAACUGCGGUUUGUGGUUUGCGGUUUGCGGUUUACCUGAUGCUAAAGGUCUCUAAUAACUUUCCUUUUCUUUUGACUGACCGAUUGCCUGACUGACUAACCUCCUGACUGGCCACCUAAUGACGUAUCGAGCGACGACAACGAUCCUUGCCCCAGCUUAUGGCGCAAUAUUGCGCGCAAUUGCAAAUUUGCAUUGCGUGUACCGCCUGAAGUCUUUUCGUUGGUUGUGCUUAAAAUUUCAAAAGAAAAAGGGCUGUUUUGCUCCUGGCUUGUUGCACCCAUUAAAUUUUCCCUUGUCCCUAUCUUUUGAAAUAUUGCGUGAAAUUCAGUGACGCAACUUCCAACUUGCUUUGAAUUAGGCUGUGCAUAAAAUUCAAUUAGACCCGCUGAAUCGAAACGUUGCUUGUCGCUCGCUUGAUAACCGCUCAGAAAAUCUUGCGUGAAUUAUGGCUGUGUGUGGCUAUGUCGAGUGAAAUAUUUUGCUUACUAUACUUCGCGCGCACCUUUAGAUUUGCUGUUCGUAUAAUGCUGCGCGCCUUUUGGUGGGUGUAACGAGAUUCAGGUAAAAUACCUUUUAUGGAGUUACGCAUAGCAAUAACAGCUGCGGAGAAGAACGUUUAAAAUUACUAGCCCGGGUUGCUCGAAGCAUGGUUAGUGCUAACCAGCGUUAAAUACCAUGGAAACCUAUACAUUUUGAUACCUCUUAACCAACGGUUAGCGCUAACCAGGCUUCGAGCAACCGGCCCCAAAUUGUGGUCUUUUAUUGAGAUCUGCAAAAUUUGUUUUUUAAGUUUAAAAAAGGAGGAAAUGUCUGGUCAAUUCAAAUAAAACAUGUCCAUCUGAAGUUCUCUCUGAUACAUAUUACCUUUUGUGGUGUGAAGUGUUUCUCAUAAACUGCGUUUGUUUCUUGCUUGUUAGGCGGCAAAAGAGUAUGCUUUUCUACAUAAGGCCCUGGGACUUCCACUGGAGUAG